AUGUCCCCUGCUCGCCAAAUGGGGACGGAGAUUGUUGUGCAGAAGAGGACUUUUGCACAUCUUUGGGCUAUUGCAUUAGCAACUCCAAAGGUUACCAUUACCGUGGAGCUUGCACAGAUGUUACGUGGUUUAAUCCUUCUUGUCCGGAUUAUUGCUUGGCCGACUCAAAUUCCGGAAACAGUAGCUCCGUCAACGUGCUUGCUUGCAAUGCAGCAAAUACCGGCGGGUCAUGGUGCUGUGCAUACAAUGGCAACUGCUGCUCAUCCUCGACCUUCGUCCCCACCUUCGGAACCAUCUUUGCAGAACAGGGAGCAGGCACUUCCAGCUCUCACAGGAGCUUCCAUAUCGAACACUACAGUAGGCAGCAUGGCUUCAACAUCGCAUACUUCAGCGAAUAGCAACACAGUGACGAUUGUUGGCGCUACCUUGGGGGCAGCGCUCGGGGUCGCUGUUCUUGGCUUAUUUGUCUUAUUUUGUAAAGAAAGAAGGAAGAGGAUACGGAUAGAGCAAGAGCGAACUAAGGAGAUGUCGGACUACUACAACAGACGCGGAGAUGACGGGAAGAUAAUUGCAGCACAUCAGAAUAUGGCUAAGCCUUCUAUGAGGAUAACGCAUCAGAAGAGGCACGAAUUGCCAGUUCGCUCUCCGCCGCCGCUGGUCGACGCCAAAACUUCACUCGAUGACUUUAUGAGAGAGACUCGGGGACAGGAAUGUGUACGACUUUAUAUUAUUUACGGACCUGGAAGAAUGUUAGAGGGAGGUACCCAUGUCAAUACCAGCUUCGCUCAGCUUUGUCUUGUAAAGGAAUGGGUCCACGUAAUCUACCCUCGGUGA